CGGGCGGAGGCCCAGCACAGAGCAGGAAGGACAGCAGAGCUCACACAGCGACUGCAGGGCCUGUGAGCGUUUCUGGACCGGAAGUUCUCCUCACAGAGAGGGACCAGCACACAGCAGGCCCCAUGGAGCCCCCUUCAGGUCCUGCAAGCAGGAGGCAUGUCCCCUGGAACAGGCUCCUCCUGGCAGUCUCACUCUUAACCUUCGGGACCCUGCCCACCACUGCCCAGCUCACUAUUGAAGUGGUGCCCCCCCUUGCUGCAGAAGGGACAGACAUUCUUCUACUUGCCCACAACGUGACAAAGAAUUCUCUAGGCUGUACCUGGUACAGCGGAGAAAGGGUAGAAAACAGCCAGCUAAUUGCAUCAUAUAGAGCAGACACUAAUGUAACUACCAAAGGGCCUGCACACAGCGGUCGGGAGACACUUUACCCCAAUGGAACCCUGCUGAUCCAGCACGUCACCCAGAAAGACACAGGAUCCUACACCCUGCUCAUUUUAAAGAAUGAUUUACGGACAGAAAGACAGACUGGACACCUCCACGUACACCCGGUGCUACCCACACCCGUCAUCACCAGCAACAACUCCAGCCCCUGGGAGCACAAGGACACUGUGGUGUUAACAUGUGGACCUGAGACCCAGGACACCUCCUACAUGUGGUGGAUCAACGAUCAGAGCCUCCCCAGCAGCACGAGGCUGGAACUGUCUGAGGACAAGAGGACUCUCACUGUGUUCAGUGUGACAAGGAAAGACACAGGACCCUAUGUGUGUGAAGCCCGGAACCCAGUGAGUGUCCGCCGCAGUGACCCAUUCACCCUGCAGGUCCUCUACCCAGUGGCACGGCCCUCCCUCCAAGCCAGCAACACCACAGUCGCAGAACAUGAGGGUCCCGUGGUCCUGACCUGCCUCACAGAUGAGACUGGGGUCUCCAUACGCUGGUUCUUCAAAGGCCAGAGUCUCCUCCUCACAAGGGGGAUGACACUGUCCCUGGACAAUAGCACCCUCACCAUAGACCCUGUCAGCAGAAAGGACGCCGGGGAUUAUGAGUGUGAGGUCUCCAACAGGGCCAACUCCAGCAAAAGUGACCCCCACAGGCUGAGUGUGACCUGGCAAGAAAACACCCAAGCGCUCAAUGUGGAGACCAUUGUUGGCAUUGUGAUUGGGCUCCUGCUUGUGCUGACACUGGCGGCUGCCCUGGGAUGUUUCCUUUUCCUUCACAGAGGGAACUGGCCUCCAGCGUCCACCGCAGUCUCGGGGCAGGGGGACUGUCCAACCCUGAAGCACUGUGAGACACCCUUCACUCGACGGCAGUUGAAAAUCGCUCAGUCGUGUCUGACUCAUGUGACCCCAUGGACUGUAGACCGCCAGGCUCCUCUGUCCAUGGAUUUCUCCAGGCCUCCCUACCUGAUGCCAGAUCACCAGCUCCCAUCUACCAGGAAUUACUACGCCCCGACACAGAUGUUUACUGUCAAAUCAACCACAAAGCAGAUGUGGGUCAUUAGUUCCUCCAGACAAGUCUCCUUAUGGACUGUGGGAAAGAGCUUAUCUGAGACCCAAGACCGAAGACCCAGUUGAGGUCAAGAGGUGGAGCCUGAGGCAGAGAACCAGCUCUGAGACCUGAGGCUAUUCGGGAACCUGGGGCCAGGCUCAGGGUCCUCCUGGAUUCCUGGAGACCCUGACAGGCUGCCUUGAACCCUGGAUGGACCAGAACUCAGACUGCAGUUCCCACAGUGGGGGGAGGUUUCAACAGGGCAAGAGACUGGCCUGUGACCCACUGUGACCAGCUGAGAGAUCUGCAUAAAGAGCACUUUCCUUCCCCUGCUUGCAAAAUAUACUGCCCUUGAGUCCUGUCCAGCAAGAAA